AUGCAAGGAUGCAUUGCGCUUGGUAUCAAUAUCAACGCCACGGUGGAGUUUGUAAUUCAAAACUAUCGGAGUCGCCGUUACAGAGCAGAACAUCUGAUCACCAUUGACAAGGAGAUCAUGAAGCUGAGGGCCCAGGGACUUGUAGCAGAAGACGAUGUGGUUCUAUGGAAAGGCAAAGGAGAUGUGUUUCGACCUUGUUUUAACACACACCAAACUUGGACUCUAACGCGUGUGCAGCAAACAAAUGUUCAGUGGUGCAAGGGCAUCUGGUUCCCCGGAUCAACGCCUAAGUACUCUGUCUUGUCUUGGAUUGCAGUACAUAACCGCUUGGCAACAGGAGAUAGACUAUUGCAGUGGAACGCUCAAGCUAAUGCUCAAUGCAUCCUCGGCAACACAGCUACUGAAUCCAGAAAUCACCUAUUCUUCAGCUGCCCCUUCACCGAGGCCAUAUGGAGUAACCUCACUAGAAAGCUUCUCGGACAGAGAUACUCACACAUGUGGGAUCAAAUUCUGGAUCUAAUAUCAACGAAUGCCUUCUCAGGAGACACUAAGUUCCUCCUCAGAUAUGUAUUUCAAGUCUCUGUGCACACCAUUUGGCUUGAGAGGAAUGGUAGAAGGCACGGCACGGUCAAACGUUCCCCGAGCAUUAUUACCAAGUUCAUCGACAAGCAGCUAAGAAACCGAAUCAGUUCACUGCGUGGAAGAGGAGGUACAGUGUUCAACAACACAAUGGCGGUUUGGUUUUCGACUAUGGAUUAG